AUGGACGAAGACAACCAAGUAAACAUAAAAGAGCUUCUCUCGGCUAGAUUUCAAAAUCCCAAGUUCGUUUAUGAUGGUAAGCGAAUGCAACCAAUCUACGAAAGACAAUGCUAUGACUACUCAUCUGCUAUUAUUUACCAGGCACACUGUCCUCUUCUUCCACAGUACAAGUUUCCAAACUUUGCGCUUGGCUCUCAAAUCUUAAACAUGCCAUCCCCAGACGAGUGUACUCCAUUCCAGGCCAUGACCAAUAAGUUUGUGCAUCUGAGCAUAAAUAAAAUACGUUCUCCUGUAAAUUGUAUUAUCUGGAACUCUGACGGCCGCCGCCUGUUGAGUGGUAGCUGCUCUGGAGAGAUCACAAUGUGGAAUGGAUUCAGUUUUAAUUUUGAUACAAUUGUGCAGGCCCAUGAGUCGCCGAUUCGUGCAAUGGCAUGGUCUCCCACAUCUACCUUCUUGAUCACCAGUGAUAACUUGGGCUUUAUAAAAUACUGGAAUCCCUCCAUGAGCAAUAUACAAAUUAUAGAGGCACACAACGAGAGUAUCAAGGACCUGUGCUUUAGCUACAACGAUACCCGCUUCUGCAGUGCAUCUGAUGAUUCUACAAUCAAAGUGUGGGAUAGUAUCAAUUCCCGAUGCGAACGAGUCUUGCUGGGGCACAACUGGGAUGUGAGAAAGGCACAGUGGCAUCCUACAAAGGCCUUGAUAGCCUCUGGAGGUAAAGAUAACUUGUUAAAAUUGUGGGAUCCCAGAGAACAGGAAUGUCUCACCACGUUUCACUACCACAAAAAUACGAUUCUGAGUCUAAAGUUCUACAAGGAAAAUUACCUUCUUUCCGGAGGCAAAGACCAGGUGAUAAAAAUGCUAGACCUAAGAAAUAUGAAGGAGUGCUUCACAUAUAAAAACCAUAAUAAAGACGUUACAUCUAUAGCCACGCACCCAUCAACCAGUCUCUUUGUGACUGGCAACAAUGAAGGCGUGAUUAAUUUCUGGGACAUGUUUAAUGACUCACCCCUUGGACAGUCGGAUAAUAAACAUGAAAAUACUAUAUGGACACUGGACUUCCAUCCGUCGGGCCAUGCUCUUGCAAGUGGUUCUGCCGACUGCACAAUCAAGUUUUGGAUUAGGCCGCGUCCAAAGGAUUUUGAACUAAGGGAAGAGCCAGUUGAAGAAAUAGAUGCUCAGCCUGAAGCUUUUGUGAUACCCGGGCUGUAG